AUGGUUGCCUUAAACUCGUUGCUUCAAAGCGGUUUGGUUACGCUUUCUUGUGCGUUAUUAUGCAAUGGUGCUCCAGUCGAUUCAAAGCCUAGUAAGGUAGUUUCAAGUACAUUCAACGUUACACGUACAAAUCCAUUUGAGAGCAGCAGCAAUUUGACCACGCGUGGUUUGGGGGACCUUUCAAAGAGAAGUAACGGUCUGAAAUAUGUUGACGCUCCAUUAGGGAACAGGUUGGUUUACUACCAGGCUGAGGUUGAAAUCGGAUCCAGAAAUCAAAGAAAUAGAGUUUUAUUCGACACUGGAUCGAGUGAUUUGUGGGUCAUUGCGUCCGAUGCACAAUGUGCCAAUUUCGGAUGUAAGUUGGAUGGUUCAUAUUCUUUGAAAGGUUCUUCAACGGGCAAGAACUUGACUGACUCUUUUGCAAUCAUCUAUGCCGAUGGAACUGGUGCUAAUGGAUCAUAUGUAUCUGAUACGGUCACAUUUGGUGGUGCUACCGUCAAAAAUCAGGAGUUUGGUUUAGCAGAAACCUCGUCUUCUCAGUAUGGGGUCUUGGGAGUUGGGUUGCUUCCUCUUGAAGCCACUGAAAACGGUACAACUUAUGACAAUUUCCCAGUCAGUUUAAAGAAGCAAGGGUAUAUCAACAAAGUUGCUUAUUCAUUGUACUUGAAUAGUCUCAAGAGUACGACUGGUUCCAUCUUAUUUGGUGGUGUUGAUAACGCCAAGUAUCAGGGUGAUUUGGUCGAGCUUCCGGUUUUGGAAGGAGAUGAUUUAGCCGUCAAUAUCAGUUCAGUGUCCAUCAACGGACAAACGUUUUCAAACGAAACCCUGGUCAUUUUGGACACGGGUCUGGGGUUCAGCUAUUUGCCAUUGAACGUUGUUGAGGGUAUCGCCAAACAGAUUGGUGGAACAUACGACUCCCAAGGUGAUGGAUAUAUUGUCGAUUGUAUUCAAACAGACACCUUGACUUUCAAUUUCCCAAAGAACAUAUCGAUCACAGUGCCAAUUUCAAACUUUUUGUAUCCAUUGAGUAUUGUCGACGGAAGACCCCUGCUUAAAUGUUUUUUGGCAAUCAAAAAUGACUAUGGGUAUGGUUCAUUGGGAGAGAACUUCUUGAGAGGUGCAUAUGUCAAGUACGAUUUGGAAGAAAGGACUAUUGCUUUGGCUCAAGUCAAGUAUACCACAGAAAGCGAUAUUCAGGAGUUGUAA